AUGGAGCCGCUGUGGAAGCUCUUGUACUUGUUGGAACCUGCAUCACUCUCACUGAUUACGACUGCUGUCGCAGUGACGUUUGCAUCAGCGUGCCGAGCACUCGCCCAUGGCAAAGAAAUGGAGCGAAAUAGGGACUUCUCUGAAGCGUCCAUUACGUUGGACCGGUCCCAAGCCCUCAUGAUACCCCUUGCUAGCUCGUGCAGUCUAUUGUUGAUGUUUUACCUCUUCUCGUCCUUGUCGCACGUUGUGACGGCUUUCACAGCCAUCGCCUCGGCCUCUUCACUCUUCUUCUGCUUGUCCCCCUAUGCUGCCUACAUCAAGUCUCAGCUUGGUCUGAUGGAUCCGUUUGUGUCAAGGUGCUGUUCAAAGUCGUUUACCCGGACUCAAGGGAUCUUAUUGCUGCUAUGUGUGGGGAUUGUGUGUGCCUGGCUUGUUUCGGGGCAUUGGCUGCUGAACAAUGUGCUUGGAAUAUCCAUCUGUAUAGCAUUUGUCAGCCACGUUAGGCUUCCGAACAUUAAGAUAUGUUCCUUGCUUCUCAUAUGCUUGUUCGUGUAUGAUGUGUUCUGGGUCUUCUUCUCUGAGAUGUUCUUUGGUGAAAAUGUUAUGGUAACGGUGGCUACGCAGAAAGCCUCCAACCCAGUUCAUACUGUCGCAAACAGCUUGAGCCUACCAGGUUUGCAGUUGAUUACGAAGAAGCUAGAGCUGCCGGUGAAACUUGUUUUCCCUAGGAACUUGAUGGAUGCCAUAUUCACCAGCAGUGAUACUAUGGAUUACAUGAUGCUUGGUCUUGGAGACAUGGUACAGCCUUCCUGUGCUUUUCCUGCUAAAUUGUACUUUUUUUUUUGCAAAAUUGGUAGUACCUCGUUUUCCUUCUAACACCAUAUCUCAUUUGUAAAGGUAGUUAUAUUUUUUCUUAACGUUGUUUUAUGGGCAACCAGAUUGUCAUGUGAAUAAUAACCAUUCCAAGUUUCACUUUCACAUUUACUUAUUAUCAUGCUCAAACUUGAGAUUUUUGUCUUUCUGUGUACCUAAGAAAAUUAAAACCGCACAGUCUUAAAGUUGAACAUGAUAUCUUAUGUUUCUUCUUCAGGGAGUAAAAGGAAAAUAAAUGCUCUGGAGAAAAAAAAGCUUUAAUUGCCUUCUAAAAUACAUGUUUUAUCUAAUUUACUCUAGAUUUUCCUACAUAUCUACAAUGGUUAAGUCUGCACAAGCUAGACAAAGAGGAGCGUACAAAAUUGGAUUGGCCUUCAGUUUUGAAGUUAGCUAAGUGGUUCUGUGAAUUGAGUAUGUAAACCAUGUAACUCAUUAAUAUCCUGGUACCAUUAGCGUCCAAGCUAUCAACAUGUUUGCUGUCUUUGUCCUUCUGCUACAUGAAGUAGAAGGGUCCUUUUGUAUCAUAUUCACCAAGAGGCACUUUAGGAUCAUUAAUGGAACUAGAAGCUAGACUAAGCUGAAGAAAGGGCUGGCGGGAGAUGGCUGCAAUCUUUUGUUUUACUUCAUGGUUGCUUGAGCAUCAUGAAAUCCGUCACUGCUCAGAUUGUUCAUUAGAGAAUUUAUCCAUCAGAAAGUUAAUUGGGGAGUUGUUCAACUUAUGAGUUGAUUUGCUUCCCGUUGAACUGCUUUUGAAACCUUCAGGUGAUGCCAGUCUCAGCACAGUGCACUUCGGAGGUUGUGGCUUGAACGUAUAAUAAGGUCACUGAGCUUCCUCUCUAGAUUUUGCCUGGGGCUCCUCUUUAUAACUUUUUUUGGAAUUGGGGAGAGUACUUUUUUUAUGUUGGUGAGGUGUCAUAAAUAUGCUUGUAUUUUAUUAGACGCUGAUGCAGACAGUUUUGUAGACUAUUUAACUCGAAUUUAGUAUCCUAAUUAGUUCUUUGCAGCUUGGAAUUUUUAUCACAUCGAAAGACUGAUUGUUGUCAUCUUUCACCAUUAUCUAGCGGUAGAACUCACACCUAGCUUGCUGAUGGAAUCCUUGAAUUCUAGCUGAGUCAAGAGCGCUAUUUUUGGAAGCUGUGUAGUGUUGAUGAUAAUAACGAGGUUGACAUGGGUUUAAUCUGAAGGAUGUCUGGCCACUCGAAGCUGAUAAUAUCCCAUUUUUGAAAAUAUUUGAAAGGUCUUGGACAAGAAAUAAAUAUUUACUUAUUUUCUUUGUAGAUAUUUGUUCUUUCGUUUAACGAUGCUGGAUUUACAAAUUACACAGUGAGGAUAUCCAAUGCUAAGAGGAGACUUUAUUCUUUCUAUAUUUUUGUAGAUCUUUGUCAUCUUUUCUAAUUGAGGCCUUUUAAUCUCAGCUUACAGAUUCUAUUUAACAAUGUUUCAUUGCGCAUGAUAAUUGUCUUCUUGACUGAAAUUCUCUAUGCUGCAUAGAUCAUGAUCUAUAACGGACUUCCGUUAUGUCUUUGAUCUAUUCUGUAAUGAAACUUCUAUUUCCUAUUUUUGGGUGCUCUCCCAAGUCACAACCCUCCAGAAAGUUGAUGAUAUUUCUGUUUCUGUAGGCUAUUCCGGGAAUGCUUUUAGCUCUGGUGCUUUGCUUUGAUCACCAGAAGAGUAGAGACGUAGCCUCAUCUGUAGAUGCUUCCUCGUCCUCAAGAGGCCAAAGAUACAUAUAUUAUGCAGUAUCUGGAUAUGCUAUUGGACUGGUUUCUGCUUUAGCUGCUGGGAUUUUGACCCGCUCUCCUCAGCCUGCUCUUCUUUACCUGGUACUACAUUGCAGAAAUUUAGAAUUAUAUACUCUUAUUUUAUGAUUGUGAAUGUCGAUCAUUGAAACAUAAACAUUAUCUAUAAUGGUUUCUAUCCCUAGAACCGGCCCUGAAAUUGCUUCUGCCUCUCUCUCUCUCUCUCUCUCUCUCUCUCUCUAUCUCUAUCUCUAUGUCUGUCUGGGUUUUUUCAUUACCUGGUUUCUUUUCCCACCUCUCUUUCCUUCUCCUUGCCUCCAUCUUGCUCUGCUUCCCACGCCUAAAGAGCUUGGCUUGGCUAUUAUUUGUCUGUUUUAGAUAAAUCCCAUGGGUUGGCUAUCGCAGUCGUUUGACCUGAGAAAGUCAACUCCAUUGUUAAAUUUUACCAUAAAGAGCUUCUGCAUAACCUCUCUGACAGACGAUUUCCAGAAAGACCCGAGCCUGUGAAAAAUUCAUCAAUUAUUUGUCUAUCUGUUUUGAUUGAUUUUAAUGCCCGGCAAUUGGGUUGUUGGGGGGGGGGGGCUUUUUUUUCUGACUGACAGCCGCCGUGGCUCUGACAGGUGCCGUUGACUCUGGGGCCCGUGGUGUUCCUGUCUUGGACCAGGAACGAGCUGGGUGAGCUUUGGGAGGGGCCCGGAUCAGGUUCCAGUGAUAAGGUCCACUUUCUGGACGUUUGA